AAAUUUGCCAAAGGGUCCUGAACUCCUACCUCCAAAAGGUGCAGUGCCCAUAGAUCAAGGAUCUAAGGGUCCGGCAGAACCUGCACGUCCUGAUGAAUCCGUAAAGAAACCUGAGGGCGCUGAGAGCCCAGCGGCACAAAAGGGAUCUCGCUCAUCUUUUGGCUCAUUUAACUUUUGGGGCUUAUUACCUGGUACAUCUGAAAAAGCAAAGCAAGUAAUCACUAAAGAGCAAAAAGGAGUGAGUCCAGCUGGAUCCCCUAGUAAAACAAAAGUUUCAGAGGCGCCUGCGGCACCUGUUACGACAGUAUCUGUUGCUACAAGACUCGUUACGACACCACCAACAUCUGUUACGACAACACCAACACCAGUUACGACAACAACAACACCCGUUACGACAGCAUCUGUCAUGACGACAUCCGUUUUGUCAACACCCGUUAUGUCAACAUCUGUUAUGACAUCAUCUGAUAGGCGAGCACCUCUUAUGAGAGCACCAGCUCCAAAAGAUGUAGUUAAACCAGAUGAGACAGAAGCUGAAGAAGAAGCAGCAGAAUGUCCAGAUGGGAGAUCGGGUGACCUCUCAACCUGCGUGAACGCGUUAGAACAAACAAAAAGUGAUGAAACAGUGCAUCAUGAAGUAACGGUGCAUCCUGAACUAACGGAUAUUACUACUGUAACGGAGAGCUUAAAUGAACAGUACUUAGACUAUCCCAUUCAUGUAGAAGAAAAGAAUAACACAUUUACCUACAACCCUGAAAACAUUAUGAUAACAUCUGCUAUAAUGUUUGGAGCGUUUUAUGUAUUUUACCUUUACUAUAAUGUAAACACUAUUAUUAGUUGAA